GUUAUCCGUAGUUGAAAAAAUGGGGAAAUGCUGGACCCUCGCUGAGCUCCUGACUAUGCUUCCACUCGCUUCGCUGCCAUACCCGGAAGUCUCCAACUGUCAGAUUUUUAACCUUCAAACCGAGCAUGUCACCUCUCCUAACACACCUGGUUCCAGUUAAUGGGCUGCAUUUGUCUUUGCAGGGUUCCAACAUCAGGCAGAUAGAUAGAUAGAUAGAUAGAUAGAUAGAUAGAUAGAUAGAUAGAUAGAUAGAUAGAUAGAUAGAUAGAUAGAUAGAUAGAUAGAUAGAUAGAUAGAUAGAUAAACUUUAUUGUCCACCUUGAAUUGAGGCAGAAAUUCGCCUUUGACAUGGCUCACCUUACAAUACAAUCCAUAUCGCAUUCACACAAAUAUAUAAAAGACAAUUAAAAGGUAUUAAAAUGUUAUCAUCGUAAAAAAAAAUAAAACUUGAAGAAUUCAAAAUUGUAAUUGCGGUGGGAACAAAUUAGGCCAAUGGAACCCUGAACCUCCUUCCUGAUGGAAGUAACUGAAAAUGUGGGUUCAAUGGAUGGGUUGAGUCUGCACUGAUCAGGGUAGCCUUCCUGUGCACUGCUCGCUCGUGAAGAACAGAAAGUGGGAUCUGAGGUAAACCUGUAAUUUUGCUGCCUAAUUUGACAAUAUGAGAGAGUUGUGUUUUGUUUUUAACUGUAAGAAAGUUAUACCAAGCUGUAAUAUUGAAAGUUAGAAUGGAUUCAAUCAGUGAUUUGUAUACAAUUGUUAGGAUGUCCUUGUUUCACAUUGAGUGCGCUUAGCUUCCUUAGCAGGUGGAGUCUUUGCAGCGCUUUCUUGUAGACACCGUUGCUGUGAUUUGCAAAGGACAGGUUGUCAUCAAUUUUUGUUCCCAGGUAACUGAAUGACUGAAGAGGGACUGAGAGGGAUACUUAUGUCCUGAAGAAACCUGUAGCCUGAUGAGCCCACUGAAACCGAGUUGUACGGCCUUUUUGAUAGUCUGUUUACUCCAUUUAAUGCCUCUUGUGUUUUUCAUGCUUUUUUGAUUUUCUAUUUCCUCCCUUAGGUUUUCCAGCUGGGUUCCCUGGUUGCAUCGCCUGUUCCUUUCUCCUCCUGGCGCCGGCUCCUCAUGGCUUCCUGGGAUGUCCCUCUCUCCUGAUAUCAUCUCAUGUCCCCCCUCACUUUCCCUCAUCUCAUUUGCCUCACUGCUGCUGCUGCUUUCCUCAUUCUCUCAAAUUAUAAUGGCACUGUUAUAAUAAAGAAUCAUUUUUAAAUUAAAUAAAUACAAAUGUCUAAUAUUUCUAAAGAUUUGUAUCACAGUUUACUUGAGUACAAUAUGUGUGGUCACUGGUCAGUGGAUCAACAUGAAGUGGCUCUGCUGUACUUCUCACUGCGGGAUCCUUCCUCCUCCUUGGUUCAGGGCGAUGAACAAACACAGCAUCAGCCCUGAGUCUCACCUUGCCUUGGCUAGUCUUAGUAAACUGUCCCUCCCCAAAAUGUGCCUGUAGAGUGGUGUAUUAGUUCAUUUCCUGCCACAUUUAACGGUUUAAUUGCAGCCCUGUGCAGUUGAGAGCAGAACGUUGGUUACGUAUUGUAACCCCAGAUUCUAUGAGUCUAGUUGCAGCCGUUAAGCUAGCUGCUAUUGGAAGGAUGAUCUCAGCAUCAGCCAAUCAUGAAGAGCUUAAAUGUAUGCCCACCAAUGGUGGGCACCCCUUGUGGGUAUAUAAGUGGAGCGACUCCACUGUUCGCCUCCGAUAGCUCUUAGUCCUAACAGAAACAGUGGGGCCAGUGGCUUAAGGGCUGUGACUAGACUCAUAGAAUCUGGGGUUACAAUACGUAACCAACGUUCUAUUUCGUCUAGUGUUAGCCCUUAAAAAAGCUGCUAUUGGAAUAAUGCGCAGCUGGAUGGGUUUAUGCCACACUGGUCAGCUCAACCAAUGGACACACCCAACAUGUCUCCUUUUAGUGAGGGACGCUCAGCCGCAGCCCAGGGCUUAAAAGGCUGAGGCAACCAGAGAGAAGAGUGGGGCCCCCACUAAAAAUAUCAUCCACAAGAGGAUGAAAAUCAUUCAAGCAAGGCUCAUGUGGUGCCAUAAUGCCUUCACUCAGCCUGCUGAGGUCCAAGCACUGAACGAGUGAUGGAUCCUGAAGACACAUCUCGUAAAUAAUAACGAGUAAAGGAACAGGGUGAAGCCCAUGAAGCAGCCUGACAAAUGUCUUCCAUCGACACACCAAUGUGGAGCGCCAUAGAAGAGGAAAUCCCUCUGGCUGAGUGAGCCCUGAGUGUCUAAGGAGGAUCCCGCCCUGAAGAAGUGUAAGCGAGUGAAAUGGCGUCACAGAGCCAGUGUGAAAGACGCUGGGUCGACAGAGCUUGCCCAAGGGAAGAAUCUCUGUAGUGCAAAAACAGGCUUUGUGAGCGGUGAAUCCCUGAAGUGCGUGACACAUAUCGUGCGAGCGCACGCACCGGACAGAGAAGAUGGGAAGCCGCCUCCUCGUCAGAAUUAUGGGGAGAAGGAAAAAGUCCAGCCAAUGAAAUUGACCUGGAUUUGAAGGAAGCAUUAAUGUUUUUGGGCACAAAGGCUGGAUUGGGGCAUAGAACAGCAGACCCGCCAUCUUCCCGGAUCCUGAGGCAUGCGGGAGCCACUGAGAGGGCGGUUAGGUCGUGCACCCUCUUGACUGAUGCAAGCGCCAGCAGCAAGGCAGUUUUGAGUGACAGGAACUUGAGUGAGACCUGGUCCAAGGGUUCAAACGGGGCUUCAGAUAAGCCGUGCAGAACCACCGUUAGGUCCCACUGGGGAAAUAGCGGGCGGGACACAGGUCUGUUCCUUCUGACACCUUUUAGAAAACGUUUUGUGAGGGGAUGAUUGAAAACAGAUCUAUUUCCAAAACCCUGGUGACAGGAUGAGAUAGCUGCAGCAUAUGUUUUAAUAGUGCUGAAUGCGAGGCCCCUGUCCAUCAGUAUCUGCAGAAACGAUAGGACAUCCGCCAGCUGGCAGGAGAGCGCUUGAACAUUCCGCUCUGUGCACCAGUUCUGGAAAGCUGCCCAUUUAGCAGCAUAAGAUGCAAUGGUAGAGGGCGCUCGCGCACUUUGAAUCAUGGCGACCACAUCAUGCGGCAGCCCAGAAGCCUCUAACCGUGACCGCUCAGCGGCCAGACCCACAGCCACUGGCCUAUUCCGGGAGGAUGUUUGAUUAUCCCAUCCGCCUGGAGAAGGGCGUCCAUCCUCCACGGGAGCCUCCACGGGGAGCCGGACACUAGCGCUUGCAGGUCCGGAAACCAUGACGCGGACAAGCGUCUGGGAGCCACCAGAAUUACCGAGAGCUGCUCCGACCGAACUCGGUCCAGGAGACAGGGAAUCAGUGGGACUGGCGGAAAUGCAUAUAGGAGCAUUUGAGGCCAGGGCUGGUGUGAGAAGGCCUUGAUGGACAGCAGGUGGACAUGUGCCCAACACAGUAAAUCUGUGGCUACGCGCAAUAGUGGGAGGGAUCGAACUCCCCCUUGGCGAUGUAUGUAGGCUGCCGCCACCUGGUUGUCUGUGUGAACUUAGACAUGACGGCCCUCGAGAAGGGCAGCGAAGUGUCUGAUCACAUUCCUUACUGUCAUACGCUCCAACACAUUUAUGUGCUCGUGCGUGUGGGAGGGCCAGCGAUCUGCCACCAUAUGGGACAAGCACGUGCCCCCCCCCAUCCCAACAGUGACGCAUCCGUAAACACAGAUACGUGUGACGUAGGAAGUCCGAUGGGAACCCCGUGUGAGAGGAUGCAGGGAUUCCCCCAGUGAGCGAGGGGGAACCCUCAACAUACUUCUCUUCUGACGUAUCGGGUGUACCCGGAGGCGGAUGAACCAGCGCUGCAGGCGCCUCGUGUGCAGUAAACCUAGCGGCACCACAGCGUGGGCUGCAGCCAUCAUGCCCAGAAGUUUCAUGACUAACAGGGCUCUCAUGAUCUUGCAGGGUUGCACACGGGAGAUCACCGUGGUGAGAUCUGCCGCUCUUGCCGGAGACAAACGUGCUCUCAUUAGGGAGGCGUUCAGCUCCACCCCGAGAAACACAAUCGACUGGAAUGGAAGGAUGGAGCUCUUCCCAGUUUAUGGAAAACCCCAGGGUUGACAGAUGCUCUGUUAAUUUCCUGGUUUGUUCUGACGCCUCGUCCUUGGACCGGGCGCAUAUGAGCAGAUCGUCCAGGUAAAAUAAAACCCUCAUUGUUAACAUGCGGAAAUGCAUCACUGCUAUGGAGCAGUUGAACAGGGAAAGGUCGAGAAUUGGUCUCAUUCCUCCCGACUUCCUCGGUACUACGAAGUAGCGGAAGUAGAAGCCUGAGAGCUCUCGUCCGCGAGGGACUUGGGAAAUUGCGUCCUUGGAAAGAAGUUCCCGCAGCUCUAGCUCCAGGGCCUGAGAUUGUUCCUGUGACGUGAACGUCGUCUCCACAAUCCCGUUGAGGAGCGGACUGAAAAUGGAGCGUGUGACCGUAAUGAAUGGUGUCCGAUAUCCAUUUGCUCAUGAGGCAAAGGCGGCGCCAUUCUUGCGCGCGUUCCGACAGCGGACGCGUGUUCGAGGUCACGUGAACGACGUCUGAUGACUGGGUUCGCGCCCUUACCGCCGUCGCUCGAACCAGAGAACUGGGAGCGACCCAUGGAGGGCUGUGCUCAAAAGGGCGAGUGUGAAACAGCUGGAAGAGGCUGAUCCGCACCGCGGAGCGUGGAAUCCAAGGAUGAAGGACGAGUGGGAGCCGGGCCCAUGCACGGAGACGACAAAGUGCCAGCGGAUGGAGCCGCGCACCGUGUCGCAGCGCGUGGUCGCGACAGCGCCAUGACAUCCCAUCCCACCCAACGUUGUGGGGGAAGCAGGAUGAGUCGGGCCUGGCUGGAGGCUGGGGCCGGUGCGCAAAUGGAGCGCACCCUUACAGUUGGCCGUGUAAUACAACGGACUGCAGGAACAUGCAGAUGUGUCGCAGUGCUUGGUGUGGGGAACAUGUGUGAGGAUUCGGCAGAGGGUUCUGCAGAGGACUGUAGGAUUGUGCUCUCAAUGUGAUGUUUUUUGGGUUUUAUUUCAGAACCAAAAUCAUUCAGAGUUAACAUUACAGUCAUAAGCACACACAUUCCCCCCAACGAGUUGUUUUCGUGGUUUUUUUCGGCGAGGUUCCUGCGCCUGUGACUGCCAAGAUGGCGUCUGCUGGCUCUUUUGGAACCGUUGGCCGCCAACUCCCUGGUCCCGCUGAGGUGGAGCCGAAGCGGGAGGCCGGCUCCGCGGGGCAGGCGGUGCAGCUAGGCGCCUGAAGUUUCCGCACCGUUCGUCCCAUCCUCUGGAGAAACGGCCGGAGUGCGAGGCUAACCGAGGGUGGACCAGGUCUCGCACCGUGGCUGACAGUUCAGCCGCCCUCUCGAUGACUCUCGUAAGAUGGGGACCAAACAGAACGUCAGAGGUGAAGGGGCCUUCCAGCAUCUCCCUGUGCAGGUGAUCAGAAAUGGAGGGCAGGGCCUUGAGCCACAAGGCCCGCUGGAUAAGUGUCUGCCAGGUAGCAAUGUGAGCAGAACCGGUGAGUACAGCAGCGCACAAAUUGAGAAUGGCACCAGCAGUUUUAAUAAUGAUGGUUUUUGACUCGUCAGGAACAUCAAGCUCUUCCACCAUUUUGGAAAUGCCAAAGGCAAGAAGGGCGAUGUUUCCUGCAGCGCCAGUCUGGAAGGCGCACUGGUGUGCAAGAUCGGUCAGCCGCGUCAGCAGCUGGUCAUGCUUAGAAGUGGGAACUGCUCGCGGGCCAGCGAGGUGGUUCUUGGCGCCACACAGCGAGGCCAAGUUCGGCUCCAGUGGAGGAACGGAUGGCCAGCCCAGGUCGGAGAAGCCCUCGACCUUGGUAAUGAGUGCAUACGUGGAAAUUGGCGCCUUAAGCCUAGCAGGCUCGGAGAAGGGGGUGGCCCAGCAGCUCAUGGCAGCGGGGAAACACGGCCAGACGGGGUCUGGACAGCGCAUCUGUGUUUACCCAAAAAUUCCUGCCAAAUCAUCUGCCUCAGGCGGAGCCGGUUCUGGAACGGCUAGCCCCUUGCAGACCGCGGCUGCGGAGAUGAUGAUGGCGGGCAGCUCCUGGAGCAGUGCUGUAACUGCUGGCAGGGAGGAGCUAGAAGCCACUGGGGCAGGAGGACCCGCUGAGCAAGGCUUGUCGACCUCCGUGUUGUACAGGAGGGAAAAGGGGCUAUGGCAGCCAGCCUCGUCGUACUCCUCACGAGGCUCGUCGACCUCCGUGUUGUACAGGAGGGAAAAAGGGCUAUGGCAGCCAGCCUCAUCGUACUCCUCACGAGGCUCGUCGACCUCCGUGUUGUACAGGAGGGAAAGAGGGCUAUGGCAGCCAGCCUCGUCGUACUCCUCACUGUCGAUGACAUCGUCCAGUCGGUAGGAGCCAGCCGGCUCCUGACCGACGACGAAGAACUGAAAAGCCUUGUCCAGUGAGUACGUGCCAGCCACCGGAAUUUCCUCGUCGAUGGUGGGGGUGAAGUACUCGACCCGGCGGACCUUUUCAGCCAUGGGCAGAGCGGCUCAAAAUGGGCAAGAGGCCUGGGGGGUCAAGGCCAGGCCAGCGUGAUGAGCCCCGAGACAGACCUCACACUUGGCGUGCAGGUCGCCGCUGGAGAUGGAGCCCGUCUGGCAGGCCGGGCAGGUCCUGGCGUCGCUGGACAUGGUCGGUGAGUUAAAUGUUGUUUCUUCGAUAAUUUGCUCUUUAAAGAAAGCUCUUAAGCUUGGCUUGAAGAGAUAACGGAGGCGAACAGUGGAGUCGCUCCACUUAUAUACCCACAAGGGGUGCCCACCAUUGGUGGGCGUACAUUUAAGCUAUUCGUGAUUGGCUGAUGCUGAGAUCAUCCUUCCAAUAGCGGCUAGCUUAAGGGCUAAGACUAGACGAAAUAGAACAUGUAGAGCCUUGAUAGAAGACAUUUGAGAGUGCACAUUAAACUCACUGCACACAGCUUUUUGUUAUUGUGAUCUCUGGUCAUGGUGAGGUUGCUCCUGCUGACUUGAACCAACCAUUUUCUUCUCCUCUCUGCGUCUUUGGGUAAGCCAUACAUUCUGUAGUGGAGGCAAAUUGAUGAUUUUAUCUGUUAUGACCAUGAAGAUGUAAUAUUCUAUAUAUUAACCUGUGAGGUCUUUAUUGUAAUUAAUCAGAAGAUUCUAGGAUUUAAUUCAGAAGAUCUAGGUUCUUUGCUUUUUCAGUGAUCAACCACACUUCGUGUUACUUCAAGAAAGAGUCACGUUUAUAAAAGUAAGAAUUUAUUUUACAAAUAAUUUAAAACAUGACAAAUUGGUUAACUAUUAUUUACUGUGAAUGGGUGGAGCUAAAGGUGAUGAAGGAACCUAUGUGUAAAUGCAGUGUUGGUCAGAACUUCCGAAUCUUGGAAAGCGGCGUCUCCGGAUGAAAAAUAAUUCAGAAGCACAUUCAGACGCAAUCUCUCUGUGUUCUACCUCACCCUUUUGAUGACCCUUGUCAUGGAUCUGGAGGUCAGAGAGGUCGGAUGACCUCUGGAAACCCAGGUCCGGUAUAUUGACCACAAGCACUGACUUCUAGUCCAAAAGAUGUCACCAGGCAACACAGGUUGAAAUCUGCUUGCAUCUCAGGAACAAUUCUUAAGGAGUUGAACAAUAUCAGCUUUGUUCUGCAGGAACUGUUUAGUGUCUCAGCUUUGUAGGUACAAAAAGGAUUUGUUAAAGAGAUAUGCUAAAGAUGGCCAGUCUGAAGCUUUCUCUAGAACUGGCACUCAAAGUGAUUUGGUUUUAAAGAAUUGAUGUUAUUCUUUUCACAGCCAAUCAGAAGCUGACAUGUUUUAGAGAUGUUACCAAGACAACUCAGAAACACACCCUCUUUGAUAGGGAGGCUCUGAUCUGGGUAUAAGGUUAGCUAUGUGUAAUGGAUUUAACUUAGCUGUACUUGUUAUGUGUGGACAAGGGCGUCAGUUUGUUUUCAGAAUUGCUGGGGACAAUAACCAUACACUUGAGUGGGGUUUAAAAAUUGCUGGGGACAAUAAAGGCAGGCUUUUUUGAAGGUGGGGGGGACACAGCUGCCAAUCACAAAUUUUGCCGGGGACAUGUCCCCGGCGUCCCCGGUUAAAAUGACGCCUAUGUGUGUGGAUGCAGGUGUGAGGACCUUGUCGUCAAAACAUGGUGAACACACUGCAGGUUCUAUUAGACAAACAUAACAUCCAUUCAGUGAGCACAGAUUAAUGAAGCAUUUCAUUAUCAUAAUUAGUAAUCAACAAUUGUUUAUUUAAUGAUUAUCUAGAUUAUAAGUCAUAGAAGGAGUUUAUAAUCAUUCUUGAAUUUAGCAACUGAUUUGAGCUGGAUCUUCUUUCUUCUGGAGGCAGACAGAUGAGACCUUGGGAAAGAAAGUUAUUGUUUAUGAUUCAGACUUGCAGAGUCUAAAUCCCAGCUGGUGUGAAGGCUCAUUUAAAGGGAACACAUGCAAUAUUGUGUCUCCUUUCUGACCAGAUGUUGAAUAGAUGGUAAAAGGUCAGACUGUACCCAAACUGACCAUUGCUGGACGCUACAAUUCUGAUUCCUCCCUCAGACCGAUUGCUAUAUGCAGCGCAGCAAACCAUGGUAAGAUAAUCAACCUAUAAAGGUAUUCUUAAAAUACUAUUUUUAUACAUAUAGAAAUAUUGAACUAAACCACAAAAAUGGAGAUGUAAAAUUACAUUUUAAAAUUGUAUCCAACCCUAAAAUUAGUGAUUUCAAAUUUGAACCCACAGACACAUUUUAUGUUAAUAGUAAUCAAAAUAAAGUUAUUCAAAAGAGUUUCAUUAGGUCUUGAGUACAUUGCUCCAAAUUAAUGAUUCAGCUCAUUUGUGCAAAUGUAAUGACUAAACAUAAUGUUGGUAAAAUGCUUUAUUAAUGCUAUUAUACAUGUUGUACAAGUUUGUAUUCAUUUUUUCACAAAUAACACCUUUUUAUCUACUGUGAUGAACCAUACAGUUUUAUUGAAAAUUUAUUUUUAAUUAGUUGCUAUAGAAGCCAGAUAAACUGGGUUAUAGAUGCAUGUACUGUCUUCACAUAAAAAUAUAAAGUAAUGAUUGUAAAAUGUAUUCUACUGAACAUAACAGAUCAUCAUUCAAAGCACAAACAGCUACAUAUUUUCUUCAAGGUAAGCUGGAGCAGAAUUCUAGCUUUCAAUAAACACUUUAAAAUGGAUGUUACAACUCGAGUUUAGGGCUUCUUGUAGGGCUUAGUUAUUAAAUAUGCAUAUAUUAGAGCAGUGUGUUGCAUUACUACAUCAAAUUUAGUGCUAUAAUAUAUUAUAGUAAUGUAUGUGGUCUAAAUGUGUUCUACAGUGUGUUAGGACUGUCGUAUUCCUGUAAUGUAGAACAGUCACGGGUGUCUGUCUUCCUACAAAUGCUCGGAAAAUUAUAAAUAGGCUACUUUGUGAAUGAAUUAGGACAUAUAUAUAAUAUAAUACGCUGACGUCGUUAGGUCCGUUUUAGGGGGGCUUCAGCCCCCCUAAAAUAAUCACAAGCCCCCCUAUCAUUUUGGUUUAUUUUAUUUUUUUCAGUUAACUUUUUUUUAUUUGUUCACAUCUACAUGCUGAACACAAUCACGACACGUGUAAUUGGUACAUGAGUUUUUUAGUCUGAAACAGAAAUAAUAAUUAAUGAAUAUAGAACUACACCGUCGCACACAGGAAGUAUCAAGAAAGGACUUCCUCCACUUCCUUAAGCCCGCAGCUUUGUUGACAAGUCAGGGUCGAUACAGAAAAACCUAUAUAUCGAUGAGCAAACCCUGCUCAGCGCUCAUAUGGAUAUACGAAGACUUUUUUAAGAGAGUGAGUGAGGAACAGGAGAGAGACCAGGUGGUUGAUGCUGAGGAGAUCUGCAUGGCCAAGGUCAGUGAUCUACAGCGAAAACAGGGGCGAGCGCACCGUUAUGAGCAUUUACCUGAGCACAAAGUUCCCAAGCAAAAUUGAACAGUUUUCUAUUUAGGAGUGAACAUGUAAGAGACAUUGAGAAAAAAAUAACUAUAAUUAUCAUCUGGCCUGCAACCUUAUGUCAAGUUGUAUCUGUAUAGUUGACUUUCUGUAUUAUAAGUUCUACUACUUGCUGGAUAUUUUUAUAUAUACUGUUAUUUUGUCUUGUAAUAGUUAAUUAUAUACUCCUUUAUUCCAUAUCAUAGCAGUGUUAUUCAUAUAUUAUAACUGUCAACUGCACACUCAUUUGGCAGAAUAAAAGUUUUACAAUUAUUCAUUUGUUCUUUAUUGUCACAUUUCAGUAACAUUUAUAAUUAAACAAGUUGUAAGUAAACAAAUUAAAUAAAUGACUACAACAUUUCCCCCUGUUAAGUGCAGUAGACUGAAAUGAAUAGCUUUAUUUGGAAAUAUAACAUAUCUCAUUUUUAAUGGACUUACAUCAAAUCUUUCUUCAACAUAGACCCCACUAAUGAACUGAUUAAGUGUUAUUUUUUAUGAAAAGAAAAGAGAAAAUGCACAAAAGAUGGAAAGGAAAAGAAAGUGAUAAAAUAAUAGGUUUUGUUAAAUGUUCUUCAGAUAAUGAAUUAAUUGACAAAGUUUUUGCAGGGUGUGACAAAAAACGUUCGAGGUCAAGCUCCUGGGGCUAAGCCCCCCCUAUAUCUCAAUCCUAGUGACGUCCAUGAUAUAAUAUAUAAUAUUAUUCAAUAAUUACCACAAAUCACCAGGGGAAAUGUGAUAUUAAAUUUUUGUGAUUUGUCCUACCAUACGCCGUUCAAACUGACUUAUGGCGCUGGGAUGUUUGGAACAUUUUGAGAGCUCCAUGAACCACGUGACCGCGACUUCAAAGCGUGUCGUUACUCUCUCUUUCUACAGCUCUGGGGCUUUCCACAAAAGUAAACAAUCAAUGAUGAACAGGGGUAUGCUUCUACGCCUGCAGAGACAGAAAAAAUACAAAACCAAGACUCCCAAACUACAUUGUCAAGGAGAAUAAAGACAUUUAUGAAGUUGAAGACAUCUCUAAUGAAUUCAGUGAAUUUUUUGUAAAUGUAGGGAGGAGCUUUGUGGAUAGCAAACCAACAAUAGAAACGGAACACUUUAACUAAUAAUGUCAAAAGUAUAUUCCUUGACAAAGUAGAAAAAGAAGAAAUAAGAAACAUUGUAAAAAAAAAAACUGAAACAGGGCCGGAUUUAGCCAGCCCUACAAAGGGGUGCAGGUAGAAUAUCGGGGGUGCAGGUAUGGGAAAUAAUUUUUCGGGUGUCACAUACCUCCAUAUCCCUAAAAUGCAUAGAAAACUAUGCUAUUAUCAUUACAGUUCUUCUAUCCAUAUAUCUAUCUUUUCCUUUGAUCCAUUCCUUACACUACCCUCUGCAUUUACCCGGGCUUGGGACCGGCACAAAUGGGGCACUGGCUUGUUCCCUAUUGGGGCUGCAGUCAUCUUUUUUUUCUGUCUGUCUGUCUGUCUGUCUGUCUGUCCAUCUAUCUUAAUUUUUUAAUGUUUUCAUCUUUUUAUGUCUUUAAUCUAUUUUAUCUAUCUUAUCUCUCUAUCCUUCCAUUUUUAUUUUAUUUUUUAUUUCACUUAUAUAUUUUUGUUUCAUUUUUAUAAUUGUUGUUGUUUUUAUUUCUUUAUGGCUUUUAUCAGUCAUUACAGCAUCAGCCGUCUGCUUUUCUGUGCUUAAGUCCUAACAAAUCCAUCCAUAUCUAGGCCUGUUAUGGCCUUCUCUUGAGCCAGAAUGACUAAAUUUCUUCUCUCGUGUAGCGUAGUACGGCGGAACGGGGUAAGGACACGAGACAAAGUGGAGAAAGAGCUCUCGCAUGAUGCUGCUCAUAUUCCAAUCACAAGGGAGGUCACAUAUGUGACAGUGUGAGCAUCCUGUCACAGUGUCCCGAUUGAUCAUGCGCCCUGGCUACUUGGCCAAGGGGAUGUCCCUUUGGCUGACUGGUUAGCGUGCGUGACUCUCACCCGGGAGUCUUCUGCGUGGCCCA